CUCAUCAAUCAAGUCAUUGAUGACUUCCUUCCUUCCCUCCUCGUCGAAGCAGAGUGGCCCUCAAAAAACACCUACUCAAACCUCGGAAAUACCCUCAAGCCUAAGAACCUUCAAGACCAGCCAUCCAUCACCCUCACCAGCUCGCCGCCCUCCUCAUCCUCCUCAUCUGAGUCCCCCACCACCUGCUUCUCCACCAACACAACCUACGUCCUCGCCCUAACCGACCCCGACGCCCCUUCACGAGACAACCCAAAGUGGUCAGAGUUCUGCCACUGGAUCGCCACCGGUCUCACCGUGUCCUCAUCAUCAUCCGCUGCCGCCGAUGCCGACCUCAUGCCGUACAAGCCACCCGGUCCACCAGAGAAGACGGGCAAGCACAGGUAUGUCUUCCUCGUCUUCGUGCCGGCGAAUGGGACCUCGGAGCCGUUGGACCUGAGCAAGCCUGGGGAUCGGCAGCACUGGGGGUUUGAGUUUGAGGGGGGGAGGGUUGGGGUGCGGCGGUGGGCGCAGGAGAAUGGCUUAGUUCCUAUUGCUGCCAAUUUUAUCUAUGCACAGAACAAGAAGCAAUGA